CCGCACGCCAGUCUACCGCACGACGCUGACAGUCGCGCGCGUCUUUAACAAUAGUAUUUACAAUUUUUAACCUUAACACUAUCGUAACAGAACACAAAAUCAGUUUUUAUCGACAAUCGUGUGAAGUUGUUGCAAGUGUUGUGUUUGUGAAGUUUAAUAGAAAGUCGACUUUUUAUCAAGGCUAGUGUGAACGAACCAAUUGUUUUGUAUUUAACAAAUCGUGCUUGGAAAACAUUUAAGUGUGUACGUGAAUGCCGGGCCGUAUGGAUGGCGACGCAAGUCUGGCGCUCGCUCGCCCUGCUGCUGUUUACCACAUCGCUUGUUAUAGCUAGAUAUGCAGAGUUAGAGGCAUGGCGAGGUGCGGGGCGGCCGGCCACCGCGGCGCAGGAGGCAGAGGACGAGCGCAAAGACGCGGAACUCCUGGCGGCAGUACGGAACUCUAUACACCAAUGGGAACUUAAAAAAGCACGCACAAGGACGAAGAGGUCGCAAGGUAGUGUCUGCUACGGACAGUUCGGUUGCUUCGAAGACUCAGGACCCUUCGCGUACCUGGAAACACUGCCAAGUCCCCCGCAGGAGGUCGGCACCAACUUCCUCAUGUAUUCUACAAUGAACAGAGGUGACCAGCCACUUAUGUCAGUAUCGGCGGCCAACAUGUCAGAGGCGUGGAGUUGGGCGGAGCGCGCCUUCGACUCCUCCAAGCCGACCCGCGUUAUCGUUCACGGCUUCGGCUCAAACUGCGACAACGUCUGGGUUUACGAAAUGAGAUCCGCAUUGAUGGCCGUCGAAGAAUGUAACGUAGUGUGCGUGGACUGGGAGGGCGGAGCCUCGAUGCCCAAUUACCUGCGCGCCGCCGCCAACACCCGGCUUGUGGGCAAGCAGCUGGCCAUGAUGCUUCAAGGAUUAGCGGAACACAUAGAUUUAAAAUUUGAAGACGUUCAUUUAAUUGGGUUCAGUCUGGGAGCGCAUGUCGCAGGAUUUGCUGGCUCCGAACUGAGGAACAUAAGUCGAAUAACAGGUCUCGAUCCCGCUGGACCGCUAUUCGAUUUCCAAGACCCUCGGGUGCGGCUCGACCGCACGGAUGCCAAGUUCGUGGACGUGAUCCACUCCAACGGGGAGACGCUGAUCCUGGGCGGGCUGGGGGCCGCCCAGCCGCUAGGACACGUCGACUUCUACCCCAACGGCGGUCGAGUGCAACAUGGAUGCUCCAACUUGUUCGUGGGCGCAGUGUCAGACCUGGUGUUGCCGUGGGCGGCCGCAUCGGCGGAAGGCCGCUCGUUGUGCAACCACCGCCGCGCCUACAAGUUCUUCACAGACUCUGUAUCACCUAAAUGCCACUUCCCUGCGUUCCCAUGCUUAGACUAUGACACCUUUCUUGAGGGUCGAUGUUUCCCGUGUAGCGAGGAGCGGCGGUGCGGUAAUAUGGGCUACUACGCGGACCGCUCUCUCGGCCGCGGUCCCCUAUAUUUGGUUACGCGAGAGGAAGAACCUUUCUGUGCUCAUCAAUACCAUGUGUCGGUGUGGGGUGCUACAGAGCCCGGGGAGAAGACAACCUAUGGCAAAAUUACGUUGACAUUACACGGUGACUCCGGCCUCAACGAAUCUUUCCCUAUGAAUAAGCGCGAAAAUAACCAGGUGGGACGCUUGCACUUCUCCCGCGUGCUAGUGCCGCACCCCGCGCUGGGCGUGCCCCUGCGCGUCACGCUGCACUACGCCGCCUACUCCGGCUGGCUGACUGCGGGCGCGCGCGCGGUCCGCCUGCACAAGUUCCUCAUCACUGACAGCUUCGGCAAGACGUCAUCUUUCUGCAAACAUGUGAGGCUGACAACUGAUGAGUCAGUAAGGUUACCUUUAUACCCCGGUGAUUGUCCGAUGCUACAGGACAACGAAUCGGACAAUGCCACAGUACUAGAAGUUAACAUUAAGGAAGACAAAACCAAAGAACCUUCAAUAGAUGAUCUCGACAACGAACUUCCAGAAGAUCCGCCGCGAACAACUUUCGUUCUAGUCGACAACUACGAGUGGGACAGCGCCACCGACACAGGCCGCGCCUUCGGCAUGACCAACACGAAGACAGCGCCAAAUGGCAUUGUUGAAAUUGCGGAGCCCGUCCUGCGGCCGCGAUCUCGCAAAACACCACGACAGAGGAUCGACAUGGCUGAUGAAAGUCCUGAAAUAUCCGAACCUCUUUUAAGACCGACGCGACCGCCGCGACAUACUCCUCCUUCCUCACGAAAACCAAAAAACUAUGACGUAACUACUCCUACUUACGAAACAUUCUCCUUGAGUGCAACUACUGAAAAAGAAGAAUUGGGAUUUGCAGUACAAUUCCUUCCAUCCAGACUCGCGUCAUUUAUAUCGAGGGCUGAGCGGUACGCGCGGGACACCCUGCUGCCGCUGGUGUCAGCUUACGCACCGCGGUUGCCAAUAUUCGGCGCACGAGAACUGCCGAAACCCACAGCCAAAUACAUUCCUACAGAGGACGGUAACUUAACGAGCAGUGUGCCCGUACCUACACCUACGUUGGAGAUGAAAAUCGAAUCCCUUAGAAACAUGGGUCCGCCCGGUGAGAUGCGCGAGAUCGAGACUCCCGAGGACCCCGAUAUCCCGGUGGUGAUAUCUACGACUACCACAACGUCUACCACCACUACUCCCAGCACGACCACGACGGAGAAGCUGCGGCCCGCGCCCACAGAGAUGCUGCAAGUGAUCCCGGGACCCGUGGUCACCACCAGCACCGCGCUGCCGCCGGUUGCCCUGCACAGCGCCCGGGAGAAGAUUCUCAUAGUUUAUCCGAGCAACGCUAGAGAGGAGAGAAAAAUAAAAUCCCAUUCUAUAUCUGAGGAGAUGCAAUUUGAAGCGUUGUAUAGACACGCCGCCGAAGAGGUGCGAGUCGACUUGCCCACUUUCCAUCCCCCUACCUCCAGCGCGGACCCAAGCUCCACUGAGCUGCAAUCUAAAGGAGACGCGAGGUUCAUCCCAGUACCGUUUUUACAGAAAACCGACGUUAAAGAUACUUGAACUCUAUUCGACUUGACUGACUGUACUUUCUACUUGAGUCAAUAAGAACAGAAAUAACUCAAAAACUUAAAUAUCCACCAAACCGGUACAAAGACCUGUCCUUUAUCGCUUUGGUUUGGAAAAAUUUAGGCCUUGAAAAAACUGAUAUGUCAAAAGCCUGUUGUUAAAAUGUUUAUAUUUAAUUUGUUAUAUGUACAUAAUUUAAGUAUGAAGUGUAGGAGAAUAAGAAACACAAUUUUAAUAAAAACUUAUUUAUUAAUAUGUCUUUACAUAAUCCAGAGACCUUAAGCACUAAUCAUUCAAAAGAACUAGCAUUCUCGCUUUCUUAAAACAAAAAAUCAAGCAAAAUGGCGUUAUUAUCAUAAUGUAAGAUAUCACAGGAUGAACAUAAACAAGAAGUGAGAAAAAUAAAAAUUAAAGUCAGAACUCAAGUUAUGUUAGAAUCAUCUUUCUUCAAUAAGUAUUUUUAAACAAAAGACAAAUUUCUUUUAUAUUAUUAAUACAUAAGAGUGAACAGUACAGUAAGUAAUUGAAAAAACUUACAAAUACAACAUUAACAAAAUACUUAUGUACUUAAUAGUUGUCUAAGAACACUAUUUUAACUACAAAACUAAAAUUAAAACAAAUUAUCUUUAUUCAUUAAAAAAGUGCCGAAGGACAUAUUUCGUACGAAAAUAUUUAUCACUAACUAUUUUGCAACAUUAUGUCAAACACGUGUGCAUAUUUAUACGUAAACUGGAAUUAUUCACCAACUACAAAUAUUAUAGAGCGUCUCAAAUAAGGUGUGCGCGCCUUUCAUAACCUAAAUAUUAAAAAUAAAC